AUGUUCAGCUAUAUGAACUUUCUCAACAUGAAGCACCAGGCAAACGAGCCAGUGCAACCACCACCACCAACAGCACCUUCUUAUUAUUACUACCCAACACCAACAUCCCCAACACAACAUCAACCACCACCUCCAACGCCUCCAAACACCUAUCCAAAGCUUACCACAUCCGUUUGGGAAGAUCAAAACACAUUGUGCUAUCAAGUCGAUGUGAACGGCGUAUGCGUAGCAAGACGACAAGACAAUGACAUGGUGAAUGGCACCAAGCUUCUCAAUGUUACUGGUAUCUCUCGAGGCAAGCGUGAUGGCAUACUCAAACAUGAGCGCGGUCGUGUGGUAGUCAAGGUUGGAGCUAUGCAUCUCAAGGGCGUAUGGAUCACCUUUGCACGUGCCAAAGCACUUGCCGCACAAUUCAACAUUGAUAAAAUGCUUCAUCCUUUGUUUGAAGACGAUCCAACUGCCUACUUUUGUCAUCAAGAUUAUUAUGGUACAGCAUCAACCGCUGCUGCAGCAACACAACAACAACAACAACCCUCCCUGCAACAUCCACAAGAAGAGUGUCCCUCUUGGCAACUUGGUAGCUCCUCCAUCCUCUCCGAAUACUCGGCCCCAGGAACACCCGAUAUCUUUCCACCACAUCAACAAGAAAUGAUGCCGUUUUCCUUUGUAUCCAUGAUGAAUCUACAAGAACCAGAGGAUGAGCAGAUGCAGCAGCAGCAUGAUUUCUAUUACUAUUACCAUAACCAUUAA